AUGAGAAUCGAUAACUCGGGGGCUUCUGGCUCAAAGAGAAAGGACGGUUCUAAGGAACCAUCAAAGGAUAAAAAGAAACAGAAGAAGCAUGAUAAGUAUGUGCCAGUGUAUACUAUUUAUACCGAGCUUAAUGAAACUCGGGAGAAUAUUUACCUCGCGCAUGAGCAAAAGGUUGCCUUUGGCAAGCCUGAGCCCAUGAGGCAUGCAAGGAACAAACGAGAUCCUAACAGGUAUUGUAAAUUCCAUAAGGAUAUUGGGCACACGACCGAUGAAUGUCGCCAAUUGAAAGAUGAGAUAGAAAGUCUCAUCGCUCGAGGCCACUUUAAACAGUAUGUAAAGAGACAGGGCAAUGGACACGACCAGCCCAGUCUGCCCAAUAACCCAAACAACCAGGGAUUACAACCUCUUCCUGUUGAAGGAGAGGACAUCCUGGUGAAAACUGAGGAACCUUCAAUCAUAUUCACGUGGGAAGACGAGAAAAAUGUGAGAUAUCCUCACGUCGAUCCAUUGACGAUUACCAUUCAACUCGCCAAUAAAAGAAUAAAGAGGGUUUUAAUAGACAACGGAAGCUCAGUAAACAUCCUUUAUAAGGAAAUGUUGAGGAAAAUGGGGCUCAAAAAGGCCAAAUUGAAGCCUUGUAUGGUAAAUCUUUGCGGCUUCACUGGAGACAGCAUUUCCAAUCUGGGCAUAAUCGAGCUUGGAUUAACCUCGGGCGAGGCACGCCUAUUGGCCACUGUUAUGCAAGAUUUCCUAGUUGUCGACCUGCCAUCGGCUUACAACAUAUUGUUAGGUUGUCCAGCAUUGAUCGAACUAGGGGCAGUUAGUUCAAUCAAGCACCUAUCCUUGAAGUUCCAAACACCAGAAGGUGUGGGAGUGGUGCGGGUGACCACAUGCUGGCUCGCGAUUGCUAUCACAUAG